CUGUGUGUUUGGUUGGAUAAUGAGUUUUCAAUCAUUGCUUGGAUUGCACAACCUCCCCUUGGGAGAUACAGCAAGGUGGGGUUGUCAAUUACUUGCAAGACUUCACAUCUAAUUUGUCUUCUCAGCCUGAACUGUUAAGGAUGGCUAACUUCACCAAUGGCAAUUUCACCAAGGAAAACACUGCUAAAUAUAAAAUCGUGGAAAUGAUUUUCAUAGUUACUGUAACUGGGUCACUUAGUCUUGUCACUGUGGUUGGAAAUAUCUUGGUCAUGCUGUCCAUCAAAGUGAACCGCCAACUUCAGACUGUCAACAACUAUUUCCUCUUUAGCUUGGCCUGUGCUGACUUGAUAAUUGGCAUCUUCUCAAUGAAUCUCUACACCGUGUAUAUAGUCAAGGGCUAUUGGCCACUUGGGGCUGUAGUAUGUGACCUCUGGCUGGCGCUAGACUAUGUAGUGAGUAAUGCUUCUGUCAUGAACUUACUCAUCAUCAGUUUUGACCGCUAUUUCUGCGUUACCAAACCACUGACCUACCCAGCUAGGCGGACAACCAAAAUGGCAGGAUUGAUGAUUGCAGUUGCUUGGAUAUUAUCCUUUAUCCUCUGGGCACCUGCCAUAUUAUUUUGGCAGUUCAUUGUUGGAGAGAGGACAGUACCAGAAGGACAGUGUUACAUUCAGUUCCUCUCCAAUCCAGCUGUAACCUUUGGCACAGCCAUUGCUGCUUUCUACCUCCCAGUGGUUAUCAUGACUGUGCUGUACAUCCAUAUCUCAUUGGCCAGCCGGAGCCGUGUGAGAAGGCACAAACCAGAGAGUAAGAAAGAGAAGCGGACUAAGCCACUCAGCUUUCUGAAAAGUCCUCUGGUCAAGCAGAAUAACAACAAUUCUCCCAAGAAAGUGGUGGAGGUGAAGGAGGAAGCAAAAAAUGGGAAAGUAGAAGAGCAGCCCUUGCAACCCUCUGAAACUACUGGCCACCAAGAGGAGAAAGAAACCUCUAAUGAAUCCAGCACGGUAAGCAUCACCCAGAUGAAUAAAGAGAAACAGGGGCUGGAGAUUGUACCAGCUGAUACAGGCGAGAGCCCUGCCCAUCCUCGGAUCAACCCUGCCUCUAAGUGGUCCAAAAUUAAGAUAGUCACUAAACAAACUGGGACUGAAUGUGUCACUGCCAUUGAGAUUGUCGCAGAGAAAGAAGCCCGUUCCACCCCAAUUACCUUAUCAAACAGUCGUCCGGCUAAUGUUGCCAGGAAAUUUGCCAGCAUUGCCAGGAGUCAGGUGAGGAAGAAGCGACAAAUGGCAGCUCGAGAGAGGAAAGUCACCAGAACCAUUUUUGCCAUCUUGUUGGCUUUCAUUUUGACAUGGACACCUUACAAUGUGAUGGUCCUCAUUAAUACUUUCUGCGAUUAUUGUGUUCCUGAAACAGUCUGGUCCAUUGGGUACUGGUUGUGCUAUGUCAACAGCACCAUCAACCCAGCUUGUUAUGCCCUUUGCAAUGCUACCUUCAAGAAAACCUUUAAGCAUCUUCUGAUGUGUCAGUACAGGAACAUUGGUACUGCAAGAUAAUCUGGAUUUGGGGGAAGACUCAGCAAUGGGGUCAUUGUGGAGAUUUGUUAUUCUCCAAUCAAAUAACUCUAAUAUUCUUAGUCUUAACAUUCAUUACUAGAUGGAGCCUUUCACCAAAUGCAGAAUCAGAACUAGUGAAAACAUAUGAUUUCAACAUUCUUGAUUCUUGAAUAUUCACCAAGAAAUAGACAGCUCUUCCACCCAGAUGAUCCUCUUGACUGUGCUUCUU